AAUCCCUUUCUCCAAAUCCUAUCGUCUUUUAUACACAUUUCCUCUCCACCCUUCUCGACUCCUCCAUCUUUCCCUUCUCUCCUUUCCUUUCCCGACUCCAAUCCCAACAUUAAUUUCUUUCCAUCUUUAACCCCAACAAACCGAAACCCAGAUCGAGAACCGAUGCAAACCUAUGGCCUGACCAUCCCGGGAGCCGAUUCCCGCCUCUACAUCACCCCCAUCUCCGCCGCCCGACCCGCACCCGACCCGAAACCCAGUUCUCUCCCUGUGUUCUCGUCCCGGACCCGGUUCGGCUCCAUUAAGGCCAAGGCGGCCACGAUGAACGGUGCGGUGACGGCGGAGGAGAAGGAGCUGUCGUUUUACGAGCUGCUGGGGAUACCCGAGUCCGGAUCGAUAAAGGAGAUAAAGCAGGCGUAUAAACAGCUGGCGAGGAAGUACCACCCUGACGUGUCGCCGCCGGGUCGGGUCGAGGAGUAUACCGAGAAGUUUAUUCGGGUUCAGGAGGCGUAUGAGACUUUGUCGGACUCGAGGAGGAGGGCUCUGUACGAUCAGGACAUGGCUAGGGGUCUUCACCUUGCUUUCUCUGCAAGGAGAUAUCAAUAUGAUGAGGGCAUGGAAGUAAAAGGUGACUGGAAGAAUCGCUGGCAAAGCCAGCUGUCUGAGCUGAAGAGAAGAAGCUCAUACAAGGAUGAUCGACAAAACAUGUCAUGGGGAGCUAGAAUGCGCAGGCAAAGAGAGGGACUGGCUGAUGAAGUAUGAAUAGGUUAUCUAUUUAUCUAGGGAUCAAAUGUAUAUAAUGUUAUAUGAACAUACCUUGCUUCUUAGUUAUGGUUGGUCUUAAAGAGGAAACUGAAUCUGCAAUCUAGUUACAAUUGCCACUACCAAGUAAAGAAAGUGCUAAUAAUAUGCUCAACCAGACGGGUGUUCGAAUAGAAAAUUGUAAAGUUGCGUUUCUGCUCUUGACAACCAUAACUAUGGGCAAGGGAUGUAGUGUACAUAAAGUUUUGUUAGAUACUUGGUUAAUUUCCACUUAGUCAUAACCCAUUUUCUCUUUGUUACUCGUGCAAACGUUGUUGCAAUUUGACUCGGUCUUUACACAAGCUUAUGGUCUAGAAGCAUAAUCGAUCAGAAGCGAGAAUUAUUGUUCUAGCUGGGUUCAAGUUGCUUACAAAUUUGUGGUAAAUAUUAGUGAAGGUUCUGUUCUGAAAUGCUGGAGG